AUGUUUCUGAGAACUUCCGCAACUUUGAAUGGAAAAUCCGUAACUUUGAAUGGUAGAACAUCAUUCAGACUCGUUUCCAGAUUAUACUUCGCUAUGACAUUGAUGGCAAUUGUUCAAAUUGUUAUCUUCUUCUAUGUUAACUUCGGUAACCCACAGUACUACAUUAUCUACUUGCUUGCAGCCCUUACAUCAGCAGCUCAAUCAGUCUUAUUCGGCUCUUCAAUGGGCUUUGCUGGUCUUUUUGGUGAUAAGACAUCAGCUUUAGCUAACACAGGUGUUGCUCUUGGUGGUUUAAUCACAUCUCUUCUUUGGGUUGUUGCCAAGGCCGCAUUUCCAAACAGUGUUAAGAACCAGGGUGUCUUUUACUUGUUCUUCUCAUGCUUCGUUACAGUUAAAACAGCUCUUACUUUCCACUUCUUCAGCAGAACAGAAGCUGCUCAGAAGAAACUCAAACUCGCUCAGACAUCCAACGACUUCAUGUACAGAGUCAGAAGAAUCAAGGGUGUUUUCCUCAAGAUUUGGCCAUUCGUUAUCGAGGGCUGGCUCCACUUCGCUAUUACACUUACAUUCUACCCAGGUUACAUGUUCUUAGCUGGCAACCAACACUUCAAGGAAUUCGGUUGGUUCACAACUGUUAUGAUUCUCUGCUACAACAUUGGUGACUUUGUUGGAAGAUUCAUGACAAGAUUCUUCUCAUGGCCAAAGCCAAAGUAUCUCUGGAUCCCACACGCUUUGAGACUUCUUUUCAUCCCACUCAUCGUUGUUUCUGUGGAAGUUCCAAAGCUCAGAAGCGAUAUCUUGAUGUGCAUCAUGGCCUUCCUUCUUUCUGUUACAACAGGUUACUUCGGCGGCCUUUGCAUCGUAUACACAGCUACAAGUGAGAAACUUGCAACUGAAGAAAUCGAUCUUGGCGUUUUCACAACUGUUCUUGCUACAAACCUCGGUGUUUUCAAAGGCGUCUGGCUUACAUUCUUGUCCAACAACCUCCACGAGAAGUACAGCGCUCCAUAA